AUUUCUCAUUCCCUACACAGUCAUGCUGGCACUUAUUGCAAUGCCAAUGUUUUUCUUGGAAACUUCCUUCGGGCAGUUUGCCAGCCUUGGUCCUGUCGCAGUGUGGAAAGCUGUGCCAAUACUACAAGGUGUGGGAAUCACUAUGGUCCUUUUCAGUACAUUCAUUGAUAUUACUUACAACUGCAUCAUCGCCUACAGCCUGUUCUACCUGUUUGCCUCUUUCCAGUCCCCCCUGCCGUGGUCAGACUGCUUCAGCUGGUGGGGUGCAGAUGAAACCUGUAGUCGGACACCCAGAGAUCCGCUCUGCAACCUCACUCUGGACGGUGGAUAUUCUGAAGUCGUUAACACAACCUGGCUGCAGGCAAACAACAAAACCUGUUCCAAUGGAUCAGAAAUCUAUGUUCCACACCAAGGCCCAAGUGAACAAUACUGGGAAAAGUUUGUUUUACGCCGCGCAAGUUCAGUGGGCGAGACAGGGGAGAUAGUCUGGUACUUGGCCCUCUGUCUGCUUCUGGCCUGGCUGAUCGUUUGUGGAGCACUUUCUAAAGGAAUCAAAACUUCAGGAAGAUUUGCAGCGAUAAUUAUUUAUGUUAAAUCAGGAACAGAAGACAACCUAACAAUCCUUUUCCACGUUCAGGUGGUUUAUUUCACAGCAACAUUUCCGUACGUGGUUCUGACUGCACUUCUGAUUCGAGGACUGACCCUGGAGGGAGCCUGGAAAGGGAUUGAAUUCUACAUUGGAAGCGAGUCGGACUUCUCAAAGCUGGCUGAUGCUGAGGUCUGGAAAGAUGCAGCAACACAAAUAUUUUAUUCACUUGCAAUUGGCUGGGGCAGUUUAAUAACCCUGUCGUCCUACAACAAAUUCAACAACAACUGUUACAGAGACACCAUGAUCGUCUGCAUCAUUAACUGUGCCACGAGUGUGUUUGCUGGAUUUGUCAUCUUCUCCAUCCUGGGACACAUGUCUCACGUACAGGACAAGCCUGUUUCAGAGGUCGCUAAGUCAGGUUUUGGUUUGGCUUUUAUCGUGUAUCCAGAGGCUUUAACACAGUUGCCGUGGGCGCCUCUUUGGUCCAGCCUCUUUUUCUUCAUGCUGAUCACCCUGGGACUCAGCAGUCAGUGUGUUGCUGUCGAAGCAGUAAUAACAACCCUACUGGAUCAGUUCCCUGGCUUUCUGCGAUCAAGGCGUCCGUUUCUUACAGCUGCUGUUUGCCUGAUAUUUUAUUUGCUCAGCCUAACCUGCACAACACAG